GAAUGAUGUAAUUGUAAUUUGGUUGUUUUUUUUCUUUUGUUAAAGUGUUUUGCACUUUUUGACCACUGUCAUAAAAAGUAUUUAUUUCUAAAACAAUGUUGACUAUAUGUCAAGCAGCUGCAGUUUAACAGUGGGAAGUCCUUAUUACAGUAUUACCACAAGGCUCCAUUAUUAGCAUUAGCAGUGUACGGCUAUUGCUUCAUCUAUGGGGCUGUUGUGUACAAAAUAUGCAGGAUGAGACCCAGCGCCCAGUUGGCUCCAAACACAUCCUUGAGGUUGCUUCUCCAGGGGCUGCAGUUCUCCAGGAGCUGCCCACUCUGCAUCUGACACCAGGUCUGGCCCCGGGCCACCAGCAGCACCUGCUGGCAGCAGAAACCGGCACAGACAAGCCCGAUGCCCAGCCACACGUACAGCAUCAGGACCAGGAAGAGCUGCACGCCGGAGAUUGUUCCUGAGUUGAGGGUGUUGAAUUGUCGGACGCUCCCUGGGAAGGUGGGAGUUUCUUGUGUUUCUUGGCUGUUGGAAGACAAAAAACACACACGGCAGUAUCGCAUCCCUUCAAUGACGCCUGCCCACCAUCGAGCUUUUUGAGCUCUCCAUUUUGUUGGAUUUUCCUGGUUUCAGUGUCGAGUUCAGUCUGUAUGGGACAUGGAAAUUAAUGGAUCAAUGGAUCAGUUUCAGGCUGCACGGCGCCCAAGUGUUGUUUUUUUCUCCAGGUAUGGUCCAGUGCUGAUGGCUGAAACUGCACUGUUCAUGUCCAGAGCGCCCCCUGUGGAAGGGAGGCCAUUUGAUCUGAACAUACAGGGCCUCCUUGACUCCCACGGGGAUGACAACAGCACGGCUGAGAGAUGCUACCGCGCACACUCUCGCAGCAGUGUACUACAGGGUCUGCCGUUUGGGGGGGUGCCCACUGUCUUGGCUAUCAAUGUGGUCAUGUGGAUGUUCCUUUUGCUGAUUUUCUCCUGUCUGAGGAAGGCAGCUUGGGACUAUGGUCGUCUGGCUCUGUUGAUGGAGAAUGACAGCCUUACGUCGUUGUUUUAUGGAGAACCAAGUGAGAAAGAGAAGUCUCCUUCGGAGUCCAGCCCUUCUGACUCGGAGACAAAGGACAUGGGUUUUUGCUCAUGGCUGAAAUCUCUUUACCAUAUGAAGGACGAGGAGAUCCGCAGCAAGUGCGGCAUUGACUCCGUCACAUACCUGUCCUUCCAGCGCCAUAUCAUCCUGCUGAUGACCGUGGUGUGCCUGCUUUCUCUGGCUGUCAUCCUGCCGAUCAACUUUUCUGGGAAUCUCUUAGGAGACAGUCCUGAGAACUUCGGUAGAACAACACUGGCUAAUGUUAGCGCACAGGACAGCUUCCUGUGGCUGCAUGCCAUAUUUGCUUUAGUCUACUUCCUCGUCACGUUCCUAUGUAUGGCUCACCACUCGAUACGGCUGCAGUACAGAGAAGAUGAGAAGGUUGCAAGAACACUGAUGAUCACGUGCAUACCCAGAGAUAUCGCUGACCCAGGACUGAUUACAAAACAUUUACAUGAAGCCUAUCCCAGCUGCACCGUCACUGAUAUCCGCUUCUGUUUUGAUGUCAACAAACUGAUGAGGCUGGACUUUGAGAGGCGCAAGGCCAUGAAAGGAAGACUGUAUUUUGCCACAAAGUCCCAAAAGGAGGGGAAGAUUAUGAUCAAGACUCACCCCUGUGCACAGAUAUUCUGCUGUGACAUAUGUGGAUUUGAAAAGGUGGAUGCAGAACAAUACUACAGCGAAUUAGAGGAGAAGUGGACAGAUGAGUUCAAUGCUGAGAAGAACCGCAUCUCCAUGAAGAGGCUGGGCAUCGCCUUCGUGACGUUCCGGGAUGAAAGGAUGACUGCUGUAAUCGUGAAGGACUACAGUAGAGUGCACUGUCGUCGAAGACCACAGCAGUCCAGCAUCACCACUGUGGUCCAGUCUCACCAAUGGGGCAUCCGCUACGCACCCGCUCCCAGUGAUAUCAUCUGGGAAAACCUGUCAGUCUGUGGAUCUCGCUGGUGGCUUCGCUGCAUCCUCCUCAACAUCCUCCUCUUUCUGCUGCUCUUCUUCCUCACCACUCCUGCCAUAAUUGUCAACACCAUGGAUAAGUUCAAUGUCACCAGGCCUGUGGAGAGUCUGCAGAGUCCUAUCAUCACUCAGUUCUUCCCAACCCUCCUGCUGUGGGUGUUUUCAGUACUGCUGCCCUUUAUUGUCUACUACUCAGCCUUCUUUGAGUCCCACUGGACCAGAUCCGGUGAGAACCAGGUCACAAUGCACAAGUGCUUUUUGCUUCUGGUUUUUAUGGUCCUCAUCCUGCCCUCUCUUGGUCUGUCCAGUUUAGACCUGUUUUUCACUUGGCUUUUUGAUGUCAACUUUCUGGAUGAAAAGGACGUCAAAUUCCAGUGUGUGUUCCUCCCCGAUAACGGUGCGUUCUUUGUCAACUAUGUGAUCACAUCCGGGCUGAUUGGCACCGCCAUGGAGCUACUUCGUAUCCCGGCACUGACGGUGUACGGCCUUCGACUCUGCUUUGCAAAGUCCCAGGCUGAGCGCAUUCAUGUCAAGCGGAGUCAGACCUACGAGUUCCAGUUUGGCCUGGAGUACGCCUGGACCAUGUGUAUCUUUGCCGUCAGUGUGACCUACAGCAUCACAUGCCCCAUUAUUACACCCUUUGGUCUGCUUUAUGUUAUCCUGAAGCACAUGGUGGACCGAUACAACAUCUACUAUGCAUACAUUCCCACCAAGCUCAACCAGCGCAUCCACAGAGCCGCCAUCCAUCAGGUCGUCUUGGCUCCCAUCCUCUGUAUCUUCUGGCUGCUCUUCUUCUCUGUACUCAGAUUAGGUGCGGUCCAUCCCAUUACUCUGUUUACGUUAGUGUCCCUGAUCUUCUCUAUCGCCAUCUCGCUUUUCCGCUUGUGCCUUAAGAAGCAACCAGACAAGUCAACCAGCUAUCAGAUGUCCAAUCAGCCGACAGAGCGAACAUUCACUGAUACAGACAGGAGUACCGUUACUUCAACCACAGCUUCCAGUCUCUUUGUGGCAUCCGUCCUGCUGGAACCAGAGCUCGCGCUGACCCCCAUGCCUUCCCCGGCCCACCACAGCUAUGGCGCCAUGGCCAGCUCCCAGAGUUCAAGCCACGGGCCGGCAGAAGACGAAGAAGAAGAUGAGGAGGGAACGGAAGACCACAUUCAGACCCGUGAGACUCAGCUCCAAGACCCCCCUGACACUAACUGCUCCAGCCCACUUAUGGACAGCCCAGUGGGCCGCCAGUGACACCAAUCGUCUCCUGAAAGCUGAUUUCCAUGUGGACGUCGUGCUGCUUUUCUCCACUUGACUUCAGACUCCAACUCAGCUGCCUCAGAUCAACAGCGGAGACUCGGCUUUUUGAGAUGCGAACACAGGAACAGGAUCCCCGUCGUCACAUCCAGAAUAUGUCUUUCUACACCAAAAUACAUAUCUAUCAAGAUUAUUAACAAAAUAUCCAUCUGGGGUUUUUCUCCAAGUGAUGGAAGGGAAACUGUCUAUAGGAUCGCUAUACACAUCAUGGCCCUUGGUGCAUGAGUGGAGGUGAAAGAUCCCACCAGAGUGGGUGGUGUGAUCAGGCUCGCCCCGCCAGACUGACUGAGCGGUCCGGGCUCGGGUGAUAUCUUCUUAGUGGCGGCCAGAGCUUGGCGAGGCUGAGGGGGAGGGCAGCGAGUUGCGAAGCCAUCUGCAGUGAGAGAGCUGACAGACGGAGGGUGCAGUGGAACGCCGAGAUGUACUGUAAGAUAUGGACGCUCUGCCCAGGCACAAGCAGCGUCUCUCUACCUGAAGCUUCUAUGACUUACUUCAGCAUUUAUUUUGGCAGGCGUACUGUAUGUGUGCUGUCCGUGACAUUAUGCCUUGAUCUUUGACUUGCAGUUCUUAGUAGGGAUGCUACCAUCGGGGUUUUAUGCUGCCGAUUCGGCCCAUACAGAUACAAAUCACAUGGCUUAAAAUGGGAGACAUGAGUUCGAUUCCACACUCUGCUAUCUCUGUGUGGAGUUUGCAUGUUCUCCCCGUGCAUGCGUGGGUUUUCUCCGGGUACUCUCACAUUCCAAAAACAUGCUAGGUUAUUUGGCGACUCCAAAUUGUC